GGAAGGGCAAAGACAGAAAAUAGGAAGGGAGCAGGGGCAGGGAAGGCCAAGGACAGGAGGGACUUCUGGCCCAGAGGAGAGAGGGCCUGCUUUGUGUUUCCCCACGUGGCGUGGCUUGGCAUGGCAUGGUACAAUGGGUCUCCAUGGUCAGGGUCUUUCUUCACCCCUUCCCCCAAGGCCCCUGGACACCAGAGCGCACACAGGCCUUCACAGCCCGGGGCCGCCAGGGCCGGUGCUGGGGUCUACUGUGGACCACUCUCCAGUCACGGAGGAGUCCCCUCCACACCCAGGCCUGUCUGCGUCCCCCGGGCUCCUUCCUGCUUUCUCAUCACCCCAGUCUGGAGCUGCCCAGCCCUGCCUGUCUGAGCCCCGGCUCCCCUGCAGGCCUGCGGGGCCCUGGGGCAGGACUGCACCCCUGAGCGCAGCCUAGACACUCGGACACAGGGGCCACCCAACGCUCUGAGGCAGUACUGCCCUGUAUGGAUGCAGCUGGAAUUCUCCAGCUAUGUGUGCCAUGCAGGCGCACUGCAGGACAGACACUUCCCAGAAUCUCGGCAGGAGACAGAUGGCCCACUCCUCAGGGGGCCCAGAAGAGGGCUGUUUCACAUCCUCAGGCGAUUGGACAUAGGCCCUGGCGUCCUAGCCCUGCAGGGCGGGACUAUUUCUCUGGGAGGUGCUAGGUAAGUAUUUGCAAGACCUUUCCUUGAGAUGUUUUGCACCAUAGUGAGGAGUCCCUCUGACUCCUGCGCGCUGUCUCCUGCCCCGCGCUGCCCCCGGCUCCAGACUCGGUACCCAGUGGCCCCCGCCACGUGGACGGGAGCCUCUCAAGGAGACGCAGCGCUGAGCAGACUGCCGCUUCGCCUCCGCCGCUCGCGCUGCCCUCCCCCUCUUGGGCGGCACAUCCAUCCUUGCAGCUGCUCAGUUUGGUCCAAGUCCUCCUCGUCGCCAGGAAACCCCAUCCGCCCUGUCGUCAAAGUACACCCGGGAUCUGCCCACUUCCCUGCCUCACUGGCCGGAUUACUGCAGUGGACUCCCACGGUUUCCCGCCCGCCUCGCCACCGUCUGGCCCCCGCACGGCCCCAAGGGAGCUGCUUCCCGGCUCUCCCGAGCCGGCGCCCACCCCAGCAGAGCGGGCCGGGCUGCGGCCCCCGGCGCCCAGCACCCCACGCUCCUGCCCACGCCUGCCAGAGCGCCCAGGGCCCCAGCAUGCUGCAAGAUGCACUUUUCAUCUCCCUUUGUUCCCUGUCUGUGUUCCCACCAGGGCAGACACCCCACAAGGUCGGCGCUGUUGUCCCUCUGCUCACUGGCGAGGAGGAGGAAGAGGAGGAGGAGGCAGUCAGUGCAGAGAUGGACGUGUGACCCUGGUCCAGACAAUCAAAUCCUGCCCAGGGUUUUGCUGGAACGGUGAAGACAGAACCGUCUGACUGUGCAAGUUGGGAGUUCCCAGGACCCCCUAAGCCCAGAGCCCCUGGGCCACCCCUGCCUGAGAAUGAAGACAACACACACCAGAUCAAGCUUGGAGUCUCAGUAAGACAGUGCUCAAUGACAUCUUUUGAACUCCUGGAUCCAGCUAUGCCUGAAGCCAGCUGUACCCUCCAUUUUCUGGUUGUCAACCUGAAAACUCCCAGGCUUCGGGGGGCCCUUGCUUCGCUGGAGGCCCUUCCUCCCAGAGCCCUGCAGGCCCCUGGGGGGCUGUUUCUGGGCCCCACCAGUCUGACCCUCAGAGUGUGUGUGGAGUUGGGGAGAGAGAUCUGGGGGCUCUGGCCCAUGUGACGGCCACAGCAUUGCCAGGGCACGCAGCCUGCUGAGCUCUGUGAUGGGGGGAUGCCACAGAGGAAAGGCCAGACCUGGGGGAGGUAGGACACUCACCGCUGGGGAACACCAGUGCCACCAGACACAGUUGCCGCCGGGUGGACAGUGGGCGAGAGGGCUCAGACAGUGGGCGCCCAGCCGGUGGGGCAGCUGCAGAGAACAGCGAGGGCGGCGGUGAGUCCAUGUAUCUGCCCGAAUCCGGCAGGGCAUGGAGUUGUCAGAAGACUCUGGCCCGGGGUCGGGGGACAGACACGCAGCAGCCUUUGUCAGGGCUCCAGUGACACUGCGGAGGUUCCCACCAACAGCCCGGCCACCCGUGGGGAGAGUCACGGUUGUAACAGCCACGGUGGCCUGGGUCGGGGUGGAAUUCUCACAGCAGAAGGCGGCAGAGCCACUGCGUCAGCGCUGGGGAGGCAGCCGAACGCUGAAGGUCACCAGUAGGUGACGGCAGCCCCCGAAUUUAAGCUUGGACUUCCACGCGGCACCGCUGCACCCCGUGCUGCCCCCCAGGGCCACGUGCAGGUUCCCAGCCUCCCCCUGAGCCCUGGAGGCUCCCACAGCCGGUGGGUGUCAGGAGGGACCCACAUGGGGCUGCCCGAGGGGAGCAGCGGUUCCCACACUGGGCCAGGCUGUCCCCGGAUGGGCGGAGCCGAGCAGAAAACAGCAGGACUGGUGCCUGGGGGCAGUCAGCGAAACUCUGCUAAACUCUGCCCCCUUCGCAGCGCAGGGCUUGCAUCAGCUCAGACAAGCUCCGGGCCGCGAGCGGGGCAGACCCUCGCUGGGGAUCGGGCUCAUGCCGGCCAGAAAGGGGGCGAGGGCAGCCCUGAGGGCGAGACCCCCAGAUCGAGUGGCAUCUGAGUCAGACAUGGGCGUCAGGACCCUCGGUGACCUCCCAGGCUGCCGUCAACCACGAUGACGCUUCUAAUCACCGGGGCAAGGGCGGCGGCCGAGAACAGACGUCCGAAAUGUUCCCAGUGAAACACACGCCCCCUGGGCAAAAUGACAUUUCCUCAGAGUCUGCAGAAAUGACUCGGGAGGUUGUCAGUGAGGGCCGCCUGGAAACCAGCGCCCGGCACGGCCCCACUCGCGCCCUCUCCCCCGACUCGCGGCGGCCGCCACCCCUCCCUCUGCUGAUCCGGGCCGCGGUGGAGCCGUGGGCACGCACCGCCGUGCGACGCCCCUCACGGCCGCCUGGGUCAGACACCCCGGCCACUCUCUAAGCACCACAGGGAGAACAAGGUGUCAGAGACAGGGUCACCCUCUCCUCUGGACAAGCCCACGCCCACGGGCAUGCUGGGGCUGCCGGACACGUGCCACAAACCCAGCGUCUGAGAACAGUGGAAAUGCAUUCUCUCGCCGUCUGGAGGCCAGAAGCCGAGAUCACCGGCCCCCGCCAGCCCUCGAGGAGGGCCCGUUCUGCCUCUCCCGGCCUCUGCUGUUGCCGGCAGUCCUUGGCACUCCCGGCUUGUAGGCGCGUCACCCCAGCCCCUGCCUCCGUCGUCACGCGGCUCCUCCUGCGUGGGUGUCUCUGUGUCCUGUCUUCUUGUCAGACACGGUCCCUGGGUUCCGGGCCCACAGGAGUUCAGUACAACCCCUCUUCACCAUCAUGCCUGCAAAGGCCUUUUUCUAAGUACGGUUCCAAGGGGACAUACAUUCCGGGAGGCCGUGUUCACCCCACAAGUGUGCGGGAUGGUUGAGGAAUCUGAUCUGCACUGAGACCUGUCGGCUGGCUGGGACCAGGGCGCGGCCUCCCGCACCGCGGCCUCUCCCGACUCCUCUCAGCCUCCGGCAGCGUCUGCGCCUGGAGACCCCGUGUGAGCCCCACCUCCGGGGCUCCCGCUGUCUGAGAAACACCCCAAACCCCUCGCUCCACCCUGCCGGGGACCCUCCAACCCGGGCCACCCCCUUCCCCAGGGACUGAUGGGGAGAAGUUUCCAGGUAUAUUAAGUGGAUGAGGCAGGAUGCAGUGUGUAGUGGGCAGUCUUUUGUGUAAUAAAGUGUAAAAAACA